AAAAGCAGAAACCAGACUUGGGGUUCUGUGUGGGCACUCUGGGGACCGCAGGUCGUUACCCUCUGGGGGCUCAGACCAGGAAUUUUUCCAAUUCCACGUGAGGCUCACCAGAGCCAGGAAAACACAUCAUGUGACCUUGAGCAGUUCCCUUGCCCUCUGCCUCAGUUUCCCCUUUCCUCCAGGGAGGAACUGGAACAAGACAUCUAGGGGGCCCUUCCAGCUGGAUAUUCUGGGGACUCCAGCAAGGGGGGUGGUUCCUGGCUGGCUGAUAGGUAAUGGGUGUCCCCUGCAGUGGAACCUCGUGUGCGAAGAUGGCUGGAAGGUACCACUGGAGCAGACGAGCCACUUCUUUGGCUGGCUGCUGGGCUGCGUCAUCCUGGGCAUGGGCUGUGACCGGUUUGGCCGCAGGGCCAUGUUUGUGGCCUCCCUGGUGCUGGCCACAGGCCUGGGGGCUGGCGAGGCCUUGGCUGCUAGCUUUCCUGCCCUGCUGGCCCUGCGGCUGUUUCACGGUGGGGCCUUGGCAGGGGCCUUCCUCGCCCUCUACGUGGCUCGUGAGUACCAUGGGGAGUCAGACCGGGCACCCACUCAGGCUAGGCCUCCGACCCUGCUGGAGGGGGACAUAGGUGGCAUGGGAGGCCUCUCCAAACUUCUUUUGAGGGUUCUUCUUGAGAAGAUGGGAGGAUACUGUUUGCUCUGUGAGCUCUGCUAUUUGAGGGCAGGCUCAGGUGCUGGAGUGGGCAGUGAGUUGGCCUCAGAUGUCCGGCUCCUGAGCAGGUCGGCGGCUGGUCCUCAGAGCCCUGGACCGAGCAGCCUUCCCUUUCGAGAGGCCUCGGCCUCAGGCCAUCUGUGUCUGCCCAGGCCUGGAGCUGUGCGAUCCACCACACCGCCUGAUGUUCUGCAUUGGGGCCGGCCUCUUCUCAGUGGUGGGCACUCUGCUGUUGCCUGGGCUGGCCCUGCUCGCACAGGACUGGCACCUUCUGCAGGGGCUGAGUGCCCUGGCAACAGGACUCCUGCUGCUCUUUUGGGGGUAGGUGGCAGGAGACGGGAGGCUGUGUGUAUCACUUCCCUCUGCACUUCCAUGCAGCACCAGGCAUGUGGAUAUGGGACAGGGACACAAAGCCAUGUGAUGUCCUGCCCCCGGGACCAGGGAGGGGGCAUUGGCCCUUGUCAUCCCUGUGGGGAGGAAGCUGAAGUCAUCCUUACUCACCCCUCCAGGUUCCCAGCCCUGUUUCCUGAGUCUCCUCGCUGGCUGCUGGCCACUGGGCAGCUGGCCCGAGCCAGGAAGAUCCUGUGGCAUCUUGCCGAAGCCAGCGGCAUGGACCCGGAGGACAGCACUGAGGAGGAGAGCUCCCUGGCUACAGAGCUGGACGUACUGUUUGCAGGGAGCCCCCAGCCCCGGUACCACUGGGUCCUGGAGCUCUGGCACACCCACAUCACCUGGAAGAAUGGACUCAUCCUGGGCUUCAGUUCGUUGGUCAGUGGGGGCAUCAAAGCCAGCUUCCUCCACAGACUGUUCCCUCAUGAGCCCACCUUCUACGGGCCGUACUUCCUGGCAGCUGGCCUAGAGGUAGUGGCCACCGUCUUCCUGCUCCUGACAGUGGAUCACUGGGGACGCCGCCUGAUCCUGCUGCUGGGCACCUUGGUCAUGGGCCUGGCAUCCCUGCUGCUCCUCGCCGGGGCCCAGUACCUGCCAGGCUGGACCGUGCUCUCUCUUUCUGUCCUGGGGCUCCUGGCCUCCCAGGCCGUGUCCAUCCUCAGCAGCCUCUUUGCAGCUGAGAUCUUCCCCACAGUGAUCAGGUGAGCUUCAGCCACAUGGCAGAUGCGAGUCCUGCCAGGCCAGCCCCCAGAGCCCCCCGGGGACCGGACACCCCACACAUUUCCCUCCCUAGCUUAGCUUGAAGACUUCUCCAUUCUGUCGUGAGCAGAGUUCAGAUUGUCUUUUCCUGAGUGAUGUGGGGGACACUGGCACUGAAGGGUCUGGACAACAGCUCAGGAAUAGAGGAAGGGGAGACGCAGGUGUGAGGAGGGGCAGAAAUGAGACAGCCUCCAGAGAGGGCAGAAUUCCAGGGGAAAAAUCAUUGUCCAAUUUUCUGUUGAAAAGAACAAAACUUGUUCCAGGGCAGGGAGGAGCAGCUUUUCCACAAAAGUGUUUUCAGUUUCGUUUUCCUGGAGCUCCCACACCUCUGGCUCUCGCUGGGUCCAGGCCUCCCUGGGGGCACUGGGAGUUACAGGCUGUGUCCACGUGCCCAUCUGCCUGUGAGGGCGGCCACCUGCCCAGGUUGCCCACACCGUGCCCUCUCCUGCAGGGGGGCAGGGCUGGGCCUCGUGCUGGGUGCCGGGUUCCUGGGCCAGGUGGCCGCCCCACUUGCCGAUGCGCAUGGCCGGCGGGGCUUCUUCCUGCAACACGUGGUUUUCACCUCCUUCGCCAUCCUUGCCCUGCUGUGUGUCCUGCUGCUGCCCGAGAGCCGUGGCCGCAGGCUGCCCCAGUCACUGCAGGAUGCUGACUGCCUUCGCCGCUCGCCACUCCUUCGGGGCCACCCUUGCCAGGAUCACCUGCCCCUGCUGCCAUCCUCCCACUGCCGGGCCCAGACACAGCUAGUCCAGGAGGGGUGACCCUGGCUGGACAGACACACUUCCCCUCGGAUGGCCACAUCUCCGUGUGGGCAGAGGGGUCUCAGGGAGGUGCCAUGGGGAUAGUGUGAAGGGGGAGUCCCCUCUUGGGUCCCUUGUUCCUCGGGGUCCUGGCCCCUACCCCCCACCACUUGUGGAGGAUAAAGGCAUCCAUAGAA